UCGGCCCGUCCACUCGUUCCUCCCCUCCCCUGUCAGUCUGCCACGACGGCACCACCCCGAUCGUCUCGCCCCUCUUCUCGUUUCCACUCCACCCGUCCUCCUCGCAGCGCAUCCUCCUCGCACGCGGUCCGAGGCCUACUCGCUCGCUUGCUUUUGAGCCCCAGAUCCUCCUCCUCCCCUCCCUCCGUGCCUUCUCGAACAAACCGACGCGGCGACGCCUUCCGGGAGCGACCGCCACCUGUUCGGCGGAUUGCCGUUGAGGAGGAUCAAUGACGUCGCUGCGGCCCCUCGAAACCUCGCUCUCCAUAGGCGGCAGGCCGCGCCGUGGUCUCGUCCUCCCGCCGCCCGGAGUCGGUGCGGGUGUGCUGCUCCGCCGGGGAGCGAUGGCGCUCCCUGGGCGGCGCGGCUUCGCGUGCCGCGGGAGAUCCGCGGCCUCGGCGGCAGAGAGAACAAAGGAGAAAAAGAGAAGAGAUUCUUCAAAGCAGCCAUUGGUGCAUCUCCAGGUUUGUCUAGAGCACCAGGUUAAGUUUGGUGAGCAUGUAGGCAUUAUCGGUUCCACAAAGGAGCUUGGUUCAUGGGAGGAGCAGGUUGAACUGGAAUGGACUACAAAUGGUUGGGUCUGCCAGCUUAAGCUCCCUGGAGAAACACUUGUGGAGUUUAAAUUUGUUAUAUUUUUGGUGGGAGGAAAAGAUAAAAUAUGGGAAGAUGGUAAUAACCGUGUUGUUGAGCUGCCGAAGGAUGGUAAGUUUGAUAUAGUAUGCCACUGGAAUAGAACAGAAGAGCCAUUAGAACUUUUAGGAACACCAAAGUUUGAGUUGGUCGGAGAAGCUGAAAAGAAUACUGGCGAGGAUGCUUCAGCAUCUGUAACUUUUGCACCUGAAAAAGUUCAAGAUAUUUCAGUUGUUGAGAAUGGUGAUCCAGCACCAGAGGCCGAGUCAAGCAAAUUUGGUGGGCAAUGGCAAGGAAGUAAAACUGUUUUCAUGAGAUCAAAUGAGCAUCUGAAUAAGGAGGCUGAUAGGAUGUGGGAUACAACUGGGCUUGAUGGAAUAGCACUGAAACUGGUGGAGGGCGAUAAAGCAUCCAGGAACUGGUGGCGGAAGUUAGAGGUUGUUCGCGGGAUAUUGUCAGAAUCUUUUGAUGACCAGAGUCGUCUGGGGGCCCUUGUAUACUCAGCUAUUUAUCUGAAGUGGAUUUAUACAGGUCAGAUAUCGUGCUUUGAAGAUGGUGGCCACCAUCGGCCUAACAAACAUGCUGAGAUAUCGAGGCAAAUAUUCCGUGAACUUGAAAUGAUGUAUUAUGGGAAAACCACAUCAGCCAAGGAUGUUCUCGUGAUUCGCAAAAUUCAUCCCUUUUUACCUUCAUUUAAGUCAGAGUUUACAGCCUCUGUCCCUCUAACACGAAUUCGUGAUAUUGCUCACCGGAAUGACAUCCCACAUGAUCUCAAGCAAGAAAUCAAGCAUACUAUACAAAACAAACUUCAUCGUAAUGCUGGACCUGAGGAUCUUAUUGCUACAGAAGUCAUGCUUGCUAGGAUUACUAAGACCCCUGGAGAAUACAGUGAAACAUUUGUUGAACAAUUCACGAUAUUUUAUAGCGAACUAAAAGAUUUCUUCAAUGCUGGCAGCCUAUUUGAGCAACUGGAGUCCAUCAAGGAAUCUCUGAACGAGUCAGGCUUAGAAGUUCUCUCAUCCUUUGUGGAAACCAAAAGGAGUUUGGACCAAGUGGAUCAUGCAGAAGAUUUGGAUAAAAAUGAUACCAUUCAAAUUUUGAUGACUACCUUGCAAUCAUUAUCUUCUCUAAGAUCGGUUCUAAUGAAGGGCCUUGAAAGUGGCCUUAGAAAUGAUGCGCCUGAUAAUGCUAUAGCAAUGCGACAAAAGUGGCGCCUUUGUGAAAUUAGUCUUGAGGAUUAUUCAUUUGUUCUGUUAAGCAGAUUCAUCAAUACUCUUGAAGCCUUAGGUGGAUCAGCUUCACUUGCAAAGGAUGUAGCUAGAAAUACUACUCUAUGGGAUACUACUCUUGAUGCCCUUGUCAUUGGCAUCAAUCAAGUUAGCUUUUCAGGUUGGAAAACAGAUGAAUGUAUUGCCAUAGGGAAUGAGAUUCUUUCCUGGAAGCAAAAAGGUCUAUCUGAAAGUGAAGGUUGUGAAGAUGGGAAAUAUAUUUGGUCACUAAGACUUAAAGCUACACUGGACAGAGCACGGAGAUUAACGGAAGAGUACUCUGAAGCACUUCUUUCUAUAUUCCCUGAAAAAGUAAUGGUUAUUGGGAAAGCCCUUGGAAUACCAGAUAACAGUGUGAGAACUUACACAGAGGCAGAAAUUCGUGCUGGCAUUGUUUUUCAGGUAUCUAAACUAUGCACAGUACUUCAGAAAGCAAUUCGAGAAGUACUUGGAUCAACUGGCUGGGAUGUUCUUGUUCCUGGAGUGGCCCAUGGAACUCUGAUGCGGGUGGAAAGAAUUCUUCCUGGAUCAUUACCUUCAUCUGUCAAAGAACCUGUGGUUCUAAUUGUAGAUAAGGCUGAUGGAGAUGAAGAGGUCAAAGCUGCUGGGGAUAAUAUAGUUGGUGUUAUUCUUCUUCAGGAACUACCUCACCUUUCACAUCUUGGUGUUAGAGCUCGUCAAGAGAAUGUUGUAUUUGUAACUUGUGAAUAUGAUGACACAGUUACAGAUGUGUAUUUGCUUGAGGGAAAAUAUAUCAGAUUAGAAGCAUCAUCCAUCAAUGUCAAUCUCUCAAUAGUUUCAGAAAAAAAUGACAAUGCUGUCUCUACAGAACCAAAUAGUACAGGGAAUCCAUUUCAACAGAAACUCCAAAAUGAAUUCUCUCUACCAUCGGAUAUCGAGAUGCCACUGCAAAUGUCUAAGCAAAAAAGCAAAUCAGGAGUGAAUGGUAGUUUUGCUGCUCUUGAGCUUUCAGAAGCUUCAGUGGAAUCAGCUGGUGCAAAAGCUGCUGCAUGCAGAACUCUUUCUGUUCUUGCUUCAUUGUCUAAUAAAGUCUAUAGUGAUCAAGGAGUUCCAGCAGCCUUUAGAGUCCCUUCUGGUGCUGUGAUACCAUUUGGAUCAAUGGAGGAUGCGCUCAAGAAAAGUGGAUCACUGGAAUCCUUUACAAGCCUUCUAGAAAAGAUUGAAACAGCCAAAGUCGAAAAUGGUGAAGUUGAUAGCCUGGCGUUGGAGCUACAAGCAAUAAUUUCACAUCUUUCCCCACCGGAGGAGACUAUUAUAUUUCUCAAAAGAAUCUUCCCACAGGAUGUCCGGUUGAUUGUUAGAUCUAGUGCUAAUGUGGAGGAUUUGGCUGGUAUGUCAGCUGCUGGUCUCUAUGAUUCAAUUCCCAAUGUCAGUCUCAUGGACCCAUGUGCCUUUGGAGCUGCGGUUGGGAAGGUUUGGGCUUCUUUAUACACAAGGAGAGCCAUCCUAAGCCGUCGAGCCGCUGGUGUUUAUCAGAGAGACGCGACAAUGGCUGUUCUUGUCCAAGAAAUACUGCAGCCAGAUCUCUCCUUCGUGCUUCAUACUGUUUGCCCCGCUGACCAUGACCCCAAGGUUGUCCAGGCUGAGGUCGCCCCUGGGCUGGGUGAAACGCUUGCUUCAGGAACCCGUGGCACCCCGUGGAGGCUGUCAUGUAACAAAUUCGAUGGAAAAGUUGCCACUCUUGCCUUUUCAAAUUUCAGUGAGGAGAUGGUGGUGCACAACUCUGGUCCUGCCAAUGGAGAAGUAAUUCGUCUUACUGUUGAUUACAGCAAGAAGCCAUUGUCGGUUGAUACAACCUUUAGGAAGCAGUUUGGUCAGCGACUGGCUGCGAUUGGCCAGUAUCUGGAGCAGAAGUUCGGGAGUGCACAGGAUGUGGAAGGUUGCCUGGUUGGGAAAGAUAUUUUUAUAGUGCAAAGCAGGCCACAGCCAUAGCAUGGAUGUGCGCCAAUAUCAGUAUGGUUAGGUAAAUAAAGUUUGCCGCAUGGAUCGACUGUUGUAAUGCGAAUAGCCUUCACGCAAAACUCGAAGGGUUGUCAUUAGUGUUUCUUUACUAUUUUUUUUGGAAGCAAGGGGAAAAAAUAAUGCCUAAAUUCUAAAGGAAAUAGAAGUUUAAGGCCUAACUAAUUCAAAUCUUUCAUGCCAUGGCCUGAGAAUGCUAAUAUUAGCACAAAUCGUAUGGAAAUGUAACUAGUAUUCAAACAACUAGAUCUCGUACGGCUUGUUGGAAAAUCCGUUGUAAUUGAUGUAGAAUUUGGCAUAACAUGUAAUAACUACAAUGCGAUGUUUGUUACUGUACACUUCAAACCAUCUUACUGCAUA